ACACGGUGGGAGUCACAGGCAAGGGCUUGGUGGCCGUAAAAGUAAUUCCCCUUUGUCUUCGGAUGGUGACGCCUUCUGGUUUCUGCUUUCCCUUUUCCUGAUUCUUCUUCUGCUUCUCAAUUUCUUCACCAUACCAAUUGACGCUUCCUCCUUUCUUCCCUCCCUGUUGCCAGUAUGUGGAUUGCUACUUUUCCCCUUAUGGGUAUCUGAUUUUCCACUCAAUUCUGAUGUGUUACCAAGGAAUCUGAGCUAAAAGUAAACGAAAUGGAAACUGGGGAUUUAUGCUUUUGAGUAAUUUCCACGGGUUUUUACUUCAUUGUUGCACCAUCUUGGACUCUUGGUUUCUUGGGAAUCAAUCAGAGUACUUGAAAGUACAAGGGAAAGGCUGUGGCAUGGAUUAUUUUCUCAUGAAAAGUCUGCAUUUUGGAAUUUUUGCAGAGAGAGAAGGUUUCUGUUAAUUGCACAUCUGUAAGCUAGAGGAAUCCAAGUUGUUAUUUGAUUUGGGUGAUCAAUUUUUGCACUGAGUUUUUGGUGAUCCAGAAUUUGCUCUACAAGUCAGCUUCUUCAUACUUCGUGAUUAGAUUAGCUGGUGGGUUAUUUGCUUUAUUAUUGGCAUCAUGCCAGUAGUUCAAAAGUUGUAUGAUGCUUGCAAAGAGUCUUUCUCAACCAAUGGUCCAGUAUCAGAAGAAGCUCUUGAAAAAGUUUGUGGAAUUUUAGAUCAAAUGAAGCCUUCUAAUGUGGGUCUCGAACAGGAGGCACAAUAUGCUCGUCAAUGGAAAGGAUACAUCAAUGGUACCAAUGGCAGAAAAGGGCGUAAUGGCAGUCAUCAGUACCCACCUCCAAUAAAAUAUUUGCACUUGCAUGAGUGUAACAGAUUCUCCAUAGGAAUCUUUUGUAUGCCACCUUCCUCUAUUAUACCACUUCACAAUCAUCCUGGGAUGACUGUGUUGAGCAAGCUUCUAUAUGGUUCAUUACUUGUAAAGUCAUAUGAUUGGCUUGAUCUACCUGGGUUUGACGAUCCCUCUCAAGCAAGACCUGCAAAACUUGUUAGAGAUUGUGAAAUGACUGCACCCUGUGGUACAACAGUUCUUUAUCCCACCACUGGUGGCAACAUUCAUUGUUUCAAAGCCUUGACACCCUGUGCUCUCUUUGAUGUUCUUUCACCCCCAUAUUCCUCGGAAGAUGGGCGACACUGCUCUUAUUUCAGAAGGGUCCCUGGAAGUGUUUUACCAGAAGGUGCUGCUCAAUUGUGUGGCUUAGAACCCUCUGAAGUGGCAUGGUUAGAAGAAACUCAGCCUCCAGAAAACGUUGUGGUCCAGAGAGGGCAUUACAAAGGCCCUAAUAUUAGGCGUUAAAAGUUUUCCCCCUUUUUGCUCUUUUGAAUAGGAUGUAAAAUACCAUUAAUUAGAUUAGAUGAACACAUGGAUAACCCUGGAAUUGAUUGCUGAAAAGCUGUCAACUGACUUGGCAAGUAAUAGUUAGUCGUUGGCUUUUGUAAGGUUUUUGUGUGUUACGAUAAAUGCCUAAUCGAAAAAGCAAUUUCUGUUUC